GGGGAUUGGAACACCUGAAUCACAUGAUAUGGAGGGGAUUGGAACACCUGAAUCACAUGAUAUGGAGGGGAUUGGAACACCUGAAUCACAUGAUAUGGAGGGGAUUGGAACACCUGAAUCACAUGAUAUGGAGGGGAUUGGAACACCUGAAUCACAUGAUAUGGAGGGGAUUGGAACACCUGAAAUCACAUGAUUUGGAGGGGAUUGGAACACCUGAAUCACAUGAUAUGGAGGGGAUUGGAACACCUGAAUCACAUGAUUUGGAGGGGAUUGGAACACCUGAAUCACAUGAUUGGGAGGGGAUUGGAACACCUGAAUCACAUGAUUUGGAGGGGAUUGGAACACCUGAAUCACAUGAUUUGGAGGGGAUUGGAACACCUGAAUCACAUGAUUUGGAG